UUAUUUGUGUUUUGUUAUUACGUUCGAUUAUUUUAUGACGACAGUUAUUAUAUUUUUCUAUACUCCUGUGUAUCAAGUGUACUAUUUUAACAAUACGGUCGUCUUCUAUUAACUGUGUAAUUAUUUUAUUAGUAUAUUGAUCCAAUUACCGUUACAAUAUCGUUUGAGAUUAAUUCAGUAAUUACGGUCAAGCAUUCAGGAUGGCUUCAUUGCCUUCCCCAAAUGAAGUAGCUGGAAGUAAUUUCCCAAUAUAUGAAGCACUCUAUACUAUGGUUGAUCCUACUAAAAAAGGAAAUAUUGGAGCAAUGGAUGCAGCAAAUUUUCUUAAAAAGUCUGGCUUAUCACAAAUUAUUCUUAGUCAAAUUUGGGAUUUAUCUGAUCCAACUGCUAAAGGUUAUUUAUCUAAACCUGGAUUUUUUGUAGCAUUGAAAUUAAUAUCAUUAGCACAAAAUGGCCGUGAUAUAUCAAUGUUAAACAUUACUCAGCAAACACCACCUCCUAAUAUGGGCGAAGUAUCAAAACAAAUAACAAGCAAAUUACCAACAAAUAUUAGUAAUAUGAAUGACUGGUCUAUGAAACCUUCAGAAAAAAUUAACUAUGAUAAGUUGUUUGAAUCAUUAAGGCCAGUUAAUGGAACAGUUGCUGGAGAUAAAGUUAAAGGGUUGCUUAUAGAUUCCAAAUUGUCAGUUGAUACUUUAGGUAAAAUUUGGGAUCUUGCUGAUAUGGAUAAAGAUGGAAAAUUAGAUCAACAUGAAUUCGCUGUUGCUAUGCAUUUAGUUUAUAAGGCAUUAGAAAAAUAUGCUAUUCCUAGUGUACUGCCUCCAGAACUAUUACCUCCAACAAAAAGAAAAAGUUCAGUAGUUGCUAACUCACCUGUACCUGUUGUACCAGUGCUACCUUCUGGUGUUCCUUCAAAUCUAGUCAAACAACCACCAAAAAGGCCAAUUACUUCAUGUAUUGGAUUAGUGCCAUCCCCUGCCACGUGGGUAGUUACUGCUGAAGAAAAAAAUCGUUAUGAUUCUAUGUUUUUGGAAUCUGAUGUUGACAUGGAUGGUUUUGUAUCAGGACCAGAAAUCAAAGACAGAUUUCUUAAAACUGGUAUUCAUCAAUCUAUAUUAGCUCAUAUAUGGAGUCUUUGUGAUAUCAAUCAACAUGGAAAAUUAGAUAUGGAGCAAUUUAGUCUCGCAAUGUGGCUAGUAGAACGUAAACUCAUGGGAAUUGAUCCACCAACUACACUUUCCCCUGAAAUGAUUCCUCCAAGCAAUAGAACUAUUGCGCCAACUACUGUUGUUCAAGUAACAGUUCAAGAAAAGCUUCCAAUGUAUUCAAACCCUGAACUGGAUAUGAUUCAAAAAGAUAUUGAUGAACUAGUCAAAGAAAGACUUGUUCUGGAAACAGAAAUUGCUCAAAAAGAAGCUGAUUUAAAGAUACGAUCUGGAGAAGUUAAAAGUUUGCAGGGAGAACUUGACACUUUAUCAGCUACUCUUAAACAGUUAGAAAAUCAAAAAGGUGAAGCUCAAAAACGAUUAAAUGAUCUCAGAAACCAGACUAUUUUGGUAGAAAAUGAAAUAAUCAACGUCAAUCAGAAAUUAAAGGCUGAAAAAAUACAGGUGGACAAUCUUUGCAAGCAAGCUGAUGAACAAGAACUUACUUUAAAAGUCCAAGAAGCUGAGCUUUCUUCAAAAAAACAAGAGCUUGAAGAACUUAAAAUUCUAGAGCAUAAACUUGAAAAAGAUCAGUCUGAAAUGAGCAAAAAAUUGGAUGAAUUAAAUAAUAUGUUACAAAAUUCACAACUUCAAAUAAGUCAGUUUAAGAAUAAAGUAAAUCAAUUGGAGGAGAAUAAACGUCAAAUGGAAAACAUAAUUGAGUCAACUCAAAAAGCAUUAGUAGAAGGAAAUAUCUACGCAAUCCCAGAUUCUUUAUUGAAUUUUAAUUUAGAAUUUCGGGAUUUGGAAUGUAGUAGGCUAUUAGGAAAAAUUAUGGAAAACAAAGAUUCUUUUGAUAAUGUAAAUGGUUUUUCUCCAACUAAUGAAAAAGGUGGAUCACACAAUGAAAACUCUUUUAAAACUGAUUUUUUUACAAAUAAUGAUGCAUUUUCUCAAAACCAUAAAACGGAUGCUUUUUCUAAUGAUCCAUUUACAUCAUUUGAUGAUUCCAGGACUAGAAGUCAAAGUACAGAUCCAUUUGGUGGUGAAACAAAUGUAUCAAAAUCAUCUGAUAAAUAUGAAGAUAAAGAUGCAUUUGGUUGUGAUCCAUUUGCUAUACUGCAUGCACCAACAAGACCAAGUUCUGCACCACCACCACAACGACCUGAAAGCCCUACACCUGCACUUCCACCUAAAAAAGGAAAACAGCCACCACCCAGGCCAGCUCCACCAAGACCUGCACCUUAUCAUGCACCAGUAUCUCACAACAGUUCUUCAACAAGUUCUGAGUUUGCUGAUUUUGCAAAUUUCAACAGCAAGUUUUCACAGAAUAUCAAAUCAGAACCUAAAGCUAUUUCACAAUCAAAUAGUUUUGAAUUUACUGAAGAUCCAUUCAAAGACUAUAGAUACGACGAUCCGUUUAAAAUAGAUCCAUUCUCAAAUACAUGCUUUGAAACAGAUCCUUUUGGAGAUGGUGCAUUUUCUUCGGAUGAUUGCCAUAAAACUAAUAUUAGUGAUGAACAACUUGCAUGGGAAGCCCAAAAAAAGUUUAGAAUGGAAGAAGAAAAAGCACGUUUAGAGCAAGAAAAAGCUGAUUUUGAAUUAGCUCUAAGACUUAGUAAAGCCACAACUUCAGAUAAUCGUUCAAAAAUAUUACUAUAAUUAAAAAAAAAUGUGUAACAUGCAAUUACCAAAAAUUAAACUUUGUAUGGAAAUAUUAUAUUUAUUUAUUAGUUACUUAAAACUGAAAUAGGUAUUUUCUGUACCAAAUUUCUUUUUAUUUAUUUUUUUUAACAUUACAAAUCUAACAACAUUCUAAUGGGUAUAUGCAUAAUAAUAUUUGUUGAAUCAAUUUAUAUCAGGGGAUGUUUUUUUUUUUUUUAAAUUGUAAUUAUUUUAUCCCUUAUUUAUACAUAUAAACAGUUUAACAGUUUUUGUCAAGUUAAUGUACAAAAUUAUUUUAAAAGUUAAACAUACAGUUCUGUAUUACUUUCCAAACUAUAUAUAUAUAGAUUAAAUAUUAUCAGUUUAUUCUGAUUCUAUGUUUCAUUUUACUAAUUUUUUUUAUGAAAAUUCAAAUCAAUAACUUGAAUUUAACCAAAGUCUAAAAUUAAAUAAUUUAUUGAGCUAGCACAAUAUGACACUUAAGUUUUUAACAUUUAGUUUAAUAUUAGAGUGGCAAUGGAUUUACCUAUACGUGCAGUUGAGCACCAUUAUGUAUUCAUACACGAUCUAGAAUAUUCCUCAUGCUGUUUAAUUUUGAAUUAUUAUUGUUAACAAGUGUUAUAAAUAUAAUUUGCGUUUUUAGCAAAUUUUUUUUUAAAAAAAGUAAAUGCAAUUAUUAAAUUUGCUAUAAUAAUAAAUAUUGACAGAAUUGUAGUACAUAUACCACUGCCCCAUGUCCUGAAUGUAUAUUAUAAUAUUACUAAAUAUCAGUAUAAUCAUGUUAUAACUGUUAAUUAUUAACUUAUUAAAUAUCAUUAUUCUAUUUAAUUAUAUCUAUAAUAUUUCUUAGGUGAAGAUUUUGUAGCCUAUAUUGUUACCAUGUUAAUUGAAAAUUU